UGCUGGCUGAUGAUGUUUAUAUAGUGAGUUGCAAAAGUGUUAGUUGUCAGUUCUUGUCUUUUUCAUAGUAUGAUGCUUGCUUCCACGUCUUUCUAAUUUCAAAAUAAUUGUUGCUUGAUGGUGUGGAGAUUGAAGCCGUCUCCAUGUUCCUUAUCUAUUUCUGUGGUUUCCAGGAUGAGUCAUUAGUACAUAUUUUCCUAUGUGACAUGCAUAUCCUUUGAUUGUGGACACAACCAUGAAACGUGUGCUUGAAGAAUGACCAAGACAGAAAUGGGAACCUUUCUACUCUUAACAUUUUGGGAAAACAUUAUUAUAAGUUUUGCGGUUAUCUCACUGGAAAUGAGCCACUGUUCUCAUUACUCUUCAUGCAUGCUACAUAUGCUUACACAAUUAAAGAAUUUCUGCAGUAAUUAGUAUCCACAUAUCUGGAAGAUGCAUUACAUUGCAUAUAUGUGUAUCAUGUAAAGCAAGUAGACCAAAAUAAAUUGAUUUUCGAAUUUCCACAGUCAAAGUAUCUUGGGUCAUGGUAAAACACUGAAAUGUGAUUGAGAAAUCAUAUGCAUGUACGGGAAGCUGCCGAUUGGAUGCAAAGCUUAAUCAAGCUCUACAUAUUUCCUUGUUACACUGAAUGAAACCUGACAGGAUCAAGCUCCAAAGAUUGUUGAGCUAUUAUACUUCAGACCAUUUUGCAGAGUUCAUUUCCUUCUAUGGAAAAUGUUGUCACAUUGUGUGACUAGUGCUGCUUCAGAUGUUUUUAGCAUUAUACUUACGUGGAAUUUGUAACUGCUUCUGACUUUUGAUUGUUAUGCUUUAUUUGGACUCAGAACUGAAUGCUCCACUGGAUCAGAUAGGUAACAUUGUGAGUAGGCCUUAUGCAACCGUAUAUUUUCUUGACCAGAUGUGUUCACGUAGGCAGGAUAACUCUAGUUUCGAGGUUGAGUAGUACGCCGAAAUAGCAUUCUUUUAAAUAUGGGUUAAUACUUCUAAAAUAUGAGAAACUUUCCUAUUCUGGUUGCUGAGUACUGACUGAUGCUUUAUAGUAUAUAGUAAUGUUAUAUGAAGAUGAAAUGCUUGUGUGUCUGCAGCAGUUACACUUGAGCAGUAGUACUGCAUACCGAUUUUUCAGAUCAAACCUGAGCAGUUACACUUGACACAUGAUGAGCUUUAAUAGGCAUGAGUUGCAACAGUAUAUGUUGUCAGUUCAUGUAUCAUAUUUUUCCUUUUUAUACUAUGUUGCUUGAUGGGGUGGAGAUUGAAACUGCAUUCAUGUUCCUUAUCUAUUUCUGUGGUUUCCAAGAUGAGUCACUAGUACAUAUUUGACUAGCAAUAUGCAUAUCCCUUUCGUAGCGAACAUAACCGUGAAACGUGUGCUUGAAGAAUGACCAGGACAGAAAUGGGAACCUUUCUACUCUUACCAUUCUAGGAAAACAUUAUUAGAGUACAAGUUUUGCAGUUAUCUCACUGGAAAUGAACCACUGUUCUCAUUACUCUUCAGCUACACUACAUAUGCCCACACAAUUAAAGAAUUUCUGCAGUUAAUAGUAUGCAUAUAUCUGGAAGAUGCAUUACGUUGCAUAUAUAUAUGUAUCAUGUACAGCCAAGCAGAACAAAAAUAAAAUUGACUUUUAAUUUCCAAAGUAAAAAUUGAGUUGCAAAAAUAUGAUGCCUUAUUAUUUUGCUAGUCAUGUAUCAUUUGGCUUGCCAUUAUUUAUUUGAAAUUUAUCUUCUCUACAGUCUCAGCAAUCUUUGAGUGUCAAGCAGAGCAUCACUAUUCACUGGUCAUUUAUUUGUGUGAAUUCUAUAAAAUGGCUGGCUGGUAUAACUAUAUCACUACCCAUCGAACUCAAUUGAGUGAUACGAUUAUGUCAAUCCAAAUAACUUUUUUGUGCUGUCUAAAUCUUCUUCUCGGCCUUAAUUUCAUUAAGUCUUAAUUACACAUCAUUUGAGAAGAAAGUCAAAAUUAAAACCCACAAAAAAUGCACAAUAAAAAGAAAGCAGCGGAGGAAACUAAGCUUGGCAGCCAGCGGCUAUAAAUACCUCACCACCUUUGUUCGCACCAUCCAAAGCAACACAGAGUUCCAGCAGAGGAGUGAGACCACAGCUCUGCCUUCUUCCCCCACCAUGGCUGCCAUGUGGUCUCCGAUCAUCGGUCUCCUCCUCCUCCUGCUCCCAAUCGCGCCGUCCUCCUCCAUCAAGUUCCCGCUCGAAGGCAAUGUCUACCCUGUUGGCCACUUCUAUGCUACGUUGAACAUCGGUGAACCCGCGAAGCCCUACUUCCUGGAUGUCGACACUGGAAGCAACCUCACCUGGCUGGAGUGCCACCACCCGGUCCACGGCUGCAAGGGCUGCCACCCGAGGCCACCACACCCAUAUUACAAGCCAGCAGCUGACAAGUUGAGGGUGCAAUGUGGUGGCCCGCUAUGUGCUGCAAUGCGCAGAGACGUACCUGGGAUCCCUGAGUGCUCCAGGAAAGAUCCACAUCGAUGCCACUACGAGAUUCAGUAUGUCACCGGGAAGUCAGAAGGUGACCUUGCCACUGACAUCAUUUCUGUCAUUGGGAAAGACAAGAAAAACAUCGCUUUCGGAUGUGGAUACAAUCAGGAGGAACCAGCAGACGCACCGCCCUCGUCGGUAGAUGGCAUCCUUGGACUCGGGAGAGGAAAGGCAGGCUUUGCCGCGCAACUCAAGGGGCUAAAGAUGAUAACAGAGAAUGUCAUUGGACAUUGCUUCAGCAGCAAAGGAAAGGGCGUCCUCUACGUCGGGGACUUCAAUCCGCCGUCCCGUGGCGUAACCUGGGUACCCAUGAGAGAAUCCUUGUUUUACUACUCACCUGGCCUAGCAGAGCUGUUCAUUGACAAACAGCCGAUAAGAGGGAAUCCAACAUUUGAGGCUGUAUUUGACAGUGGUACCACGUACACCUUCGUGCCUGCCCAGAUAUACAAUGAACUUGUUUCAAAGGUUAGAGGCACUCUCAGUGAAUCAUCACUUGUACAGGUGAAGGGUCGUGCUCUACCUCUAUGCUGGAAAGGGAAAAACCCAUUCAGAUCUGUCAAUGAUGUGAAGAACCAAUUCAAGGCACUGUCACUAAAAAUUACCCACGCCCACGGCACCAGCUACCUGGACAUCCCUCCUCAAAACUACCUCAUCGUGGAGGAAGACGGGAAAACGUGCUUGGCUAUCCGCGAUGCCUCCUCGGAUCCUGUUCUGAAGGAACUGAACUUUAUCUUGAUCGGAGCUGUCACGAUGCAGGAUCUGUUUGUGAUAUACAACAACGAGAGCAAGCAGCUCGGAUGGGUCCGUGCACAGUGCGACAAGGCGCAGGAGCUUGAAUCCGUCAUCCAUUCGCGUCUCUGAAUAAUGUUCGAUCAGAUCGACAUAGGCAAAAACCUUAACGAGAACAAAUCAGUGCUCUCAUAUGGUGUUUGAAACACUGUAUGAUGCUCCCACUUAUAACGAAUAAAAUGUUGGCAUACUGAGGAAUGUGUACCUUCUGCAUAUAUUUACAUUCCUGAUAUGAUAUUA